AUGAUCGAUAACCAUAUUAUCAUCGAGAGUGGUUUGGAUGGUAGUAUUUAUUCUUCUUUGAGAAGGGGAACAAAGUUUGAAUCACAUUCUUUUUCAUCUAUCAGUGGGGAUUUUAAACCAGAAAUUAUUAAUUUGAUUGAUGAUUGGGAAAUGGAAGGAACAUUUGAAGAGUCUCUUUCAAAUAGGGAUCCUUCUAGGGAUUAUUUUGAGACUCUAUUUGUAGAGAAAUCUUAUAGGGGUGAAAACCUUGUUAAGAAGCCAAUGCCUCCCCUAUCUUGA